AUGAAAUCCUAUGUGAAACUUGAUGUACUCACUGCUGCUCCAUCUGUACUCAUUUUGAAAUCCGGUUUAAGAAUUUGUUCUAAUGGUGCUGCUAGGACAAAUAUACCAAUAAUACAAGACUAUGCUUAUUACGAAGUGAAACUACAAAAUUAUGGAGGGUCAUGGGGAAUCGGGUUGUGUACAGUAAAUACUCUAUUGGAUUCUAUUAAGUCGCUUACUAAUGAUUCAUCAUGUUGGAUACUUAGAAACGAUAUGAAAAUAUGGAGUCGUGGUCAUGUGAUUGGUCAGCUGAAACAAUCUGUUGAAGAGGGUGAUGUAAUUGGAGUGAUCUAUGAUAAAGGGGAAUUGAGAUUUACAAUCAAUGGAGAUACUGCUCAUGUGUAUUCAGAUCAAACAGAACAAAUCCCACUAUUUAUUGACAGCACUGGUGAAGUUCUGUAUCCUGUAUUAGGUGUGGAAGAUGGUACAGUGUUGGAUGUGGCUUUUACGGCGAACUCAUUUAAUUACCCACCAUUAUCGGUUGAAGGAUUCGGUGAGAUAAAAUUCCAGAAAGAAGUUACUUUCUAG